UAAUGAUCUAAUCUUGUGGGCUUAGUUCGGAUUCUCACUCUGAGACGCGAUUUGUUGAAGGGAGUGCCACAUGAUCCAUUGAUUGUUAUAGGGCCUUCACAGCCUCAUCGAUUUCUAGAUGCAUACAAGAGACUUGAAGAUCUAGAUAUGCAGUUCUUGGAAAAUAAAGCCACAACGGUAACUUCAUGGGAAACUUUCAAGUUCAAUAACGAACCCAACAAAACAAUUACGUCAACUUCAUGUCUCGAAGAAAGUUGUUCGCAAGGCAGUUCGAAAAGAUUGAAACUCAGUGUUCCGAUUGACAAUGUUGCAACUUCUGCUUUAGUAAACCGUCUGAAGAAAGUUCUCAACAAAGCAGGGCUUGAAAGGCUCAUCAGUUUUCCUAUCGUGCACUGCCCCGAGUCAUUCGGUGUCAUCCUGAAAGCUGCGGAUAGAGUAAACAAUGUUGGGAAAGUAAUACUGGGUUGGAAAGUUGUGUACUCUGGCGACACUCGACCGUGCUCGAAAACGAUAGAAGCAACUCAGGGAGAUACCAUUCUUAUGCACGAGGCAACAUUUGAGGAUGGCAUGGCCAGGGAGGCCAUAGCAAAGAAUCACAGUACAACAAAGGAAGCCAUCGAUGUCGGAAACUCGGCAGCUGCAUAUCAGAUCGUUCUUACAAAAAAAUUACGGCUAGGAGAUGAUAUUUUAGUCAUGCUUGUCUAA